AUGGGCAGGACUAAACGCUCUGGGAGCAUUUCAAUGCGGGAUGCCGGCCAGGCUGGCAUAAAAAAGCCAAGGUCGAACUUGAAGCAGAGCGUAUCCACGUCUCGCAUGGGUAGGCAUGAGAGUACAAAUGAUGUACUCGGAAGCGAGUAUGGGGUAUCCGAAGGGGAUGAUUGGUCUGAUGAUGGUCAAAAUGGCUUGGAUGACGCCCGGAAUGCGUUAAAGAACCUGCAAGCUGCCAUAGAAAAGGCAGAGAGAAACGACACCUUUGCAAAAGACAUGGAAAAGAAGGUGAGAAUAGACGAAGGGAGGCUGAGAAAUAUGGUUAAGAAGGAAGAGGAUGAAUGGCACAACGAAGUCGAGAACUUCCAAUCCCAGUUUUCUUCCCUUGUCAAAAUGGUCCUAUCAUCCAAAAAGAACAAGGUCGACCUUACUUCAUCCGGACUCGCGGAGGUCACCACUUCAGACGCCAUGCAAUCUGCUGGUGACCAUCCUCUAUACCUCAAAACACAAGGCCUUCUCGAGUCUGCCAGGGCUCUGAUUAAUGGAGUGGAUAGCAUCAGCACGCAUGCAUCAGAAAUCAAACUCCCCCAGGAUCCAAGGGAAGGGUUUGAGAAGGACACUGCUGAAGCACGUCGCCUUAUUGUCCAUGGAGCCGAAGCAACUGCCAUGGCGCUAGAAAAGCAAUUGGUAUAUAAUAAAAGCAACACACGACAAGCAAGCGAGAGAAAACUGCGAGAUAGAGAGGAAGAAGAAUUCCUCAGUGAUAGCAAUCUGCAAGCAAUGUUCGAAAUGGGAAGAGAGGGUCUGAACGAAAGCGCUGAAGAUGGCCAGAGAGCUCAAAGCUGGGGCUUUGUGGCACAUCAGCUGCAGAAAGGGAUGAGGGAGCUUGUCAAGGCCUUGCCUGGGCAUUGA